AUGAUGCUUAAAAGGUCGUCAUCUAUAUCUAAUUGGUCGACUAUCCUAGACCUUGAGAAUAAUCAACCAUUGCGACCUGGGCCGUUGUCUUCUCCGAUUAUCCUACCUUUUGAGAUCGGCACAACAAUUGUUAAUCCUAAAGAUGGUUCUGCCUUUCAAUUGCUCCAACCUCUUGGCAAUGGUUCUUACGCUGUUGUAUAUAGGGUGCUCGAAAAGUCUUCCAAUAAGUAUUAUGCACUUAAAUGUUUAUCAAAGGCAAAUUUGAACGAUUAUCAUUUGGAAGUUCAGCGGAAUGAGUAUUGUGAAGGUCAAGACUUAUAUUAUUGGUUGACGCAAAACAAUGAUAGCAGAGAUCCAAAAACGGGUAAACAGUUAUCUGAAAAAGAACGGAUUACAAUAGUCAAACAAGUUUUCAUGCAGAUAUUGAGUGCGGUCGAUUAUUGUCACAGUCAAGGUGUGGCUCAUAGAGACCUUAAGCCGGAAAAUUUUAUCGUCAUGAUCAACAAUGACAGCAAGGUUAGUAAUAUUCAAGUAAAAUUGACAGAUUUUGGACUUGCUACGGAUGAAAAUGAAUCGGUGGAUUUUGAUUGUGGAUCCAAACCAUACAUGAAAUGCCGUAAUCCUAUAUGUGAAUCAUAUGAUCCUCGUCUUGCUGAUAUAUGGUCAUUGGGCAUUAUUCUUCUUAAUUUGAUGUAUCAUCGUUCACCAUGGUCUGAUCCAAAUCCUACGCAGUGUAAAUCAUUUGCUUCUUUUCAAGUCGACAAGCCAGGCUUCUUAAUUAACCCUAAUCGUGUAUUUUGCAAAGUUGAAGAAGGCCGCAUCAAAAUCGAAGAAUGGAUGAUUUGGUGUAAUGAUAUGAUGGAAAAUAUGUUGUCUGAAAGGAAGGAUAUUAAAAGCGUUAAUGAUGAUGCUGUAGUACCACAACAACAAUCAUCGUCUUCUGACUCAUCAUUCAAACAAAAUCCUACACAUUCUCAUGGAUGUCAUGCGCACAACCAUCAUGACUCAUGGUCGGAAGUUUUUGGAGAAUUUGACAAUGAGAUGGACUUUACUACUCCU